ACCAUCAAGCGGAGGAGCGUUGCCAUGACAACGUCGGUAACUCGAUUUGUUUUCGUUGGCAACCGCACUAGCAACCGGUACUUGCAGGCUUUAGUUAGCAUGCUAACACAGAAGCUUGCUAACUACCGUUUUUUAACAUCUCGCUGACUAAACUAAGACUUUUUUCCCGUGCGCACCAUGGACUCAAAUUCAUUGUACUACUCUUUGGACCUUGUUGCCGGCAGCGGUUACACUUUCACCGCCGAGCAAAGGGCCGCGCUGCAGACUUCCUUAAUUAUCCUGAGGCAAAACUACAAUUUCAACCGGGUGAUGCUUUGGGGCAAAAUAUUUGGAAUAAACGCAGAUUAUUUCAUCGUUCAGGGGAGGGGAGAGGACGAACUGAAGGACAAAAAGAAUCUUUACAGCUUCAACUGUGUGGACUGGUUCCUGCUCCCCCCGGCCACUGAUGCAAUGAUCGAGGAAGUGUCCAAAGCUGCUCAGGGUCGCUUCAUGGGAGACCCCUCAUUUAAGUAUGAGCAUGUUGAGACACACAGGCAGGGAGGGGAGGCUGAGGCUGCAGAGGAGGAGGACGAGGUCACGAUCAAGGUGAGCGAGGAGGAGAGACUGGUGGUAACAAUUCAUCAGAUCGACCGGGAAGUGUCUGUGGUGCCACGUGGUGCUUUCAUCAAGAGUCACGGCCUGAUCCAGACCAACCGCAGCUUUAAUGGUCUUUCUCACUCCGAGGCCGGAAAGCUUCACAAUUUCCUUCACUUCACUGAGCCAAAGAACCUGAAGAAGAAAUCCAUUCUGGAAAUGGCUUAUCUGGACCCAUCUAUUGAUUUCCUGGACCCGUUGAGUGACGACACUCCUAAAGGAUCAUGGAGCCUGCAGUUUGAGUGUGGCAGCAAUGUGUGCGUGCUCCGCAGUCUGUUGUGGCUUGGCCUGACCUUCUACCAUGUACCAAUGGCACCGCAGCACGGAUACAUCUACAUGGGUGAUGGGACCAAGAAUUUGGAUCUUCCUUUCAUGUUAUAAAAAAAAAAAAAGACAAGUGUUACUUCCUAAUCCAAGUUAUCAAUCUCUCGUGCACA